CUCCAAUCGGAGCAUCCUGGAAGGCGCACCGGCGAGGGAGCCGCCUCGGAGCCUCAUUCCGAAGAGGGCAGGGAAGGUUAUCGGCAUCGGCAUCGGCGCGUCACCAAGUCCGGAGCGAGAGCGGACCGGGGCGCCUUCCCGGCUUCGUCCUUUUUUUUGGCCUCGGGCGCUGUGGGACGAGGUCGUGAGACGCGGAUCCUCCUCUCCCGGGGAUCUCUCCAAGGCGAAGGCGUGUGUGUCAUCGCCGCCGCCACCAAGAGAGCGCGCUUUCCUCGGACCGCAGGCGGGCUUGACCGGCGGGGCGCCAAGUCUCCAGAAGGAAUCCGGAGUUCGGCCCAGCGGGACAAGGAGCGAGCGGAGGAAUCGAGCUCUGAAUCCCCAGCAGCGUUUCGGAGCAGCGGAUUUCUCGAGUGGAGUUUGGGGUUUGGGGAAGAUGUGGCUGUCCAGAUCCAGCGGAAAUGGUUUCUGUACCCUUCAGAGAACAUACUGGUUAAGAGAGAUGGCUUGGAGAAACUGUCCUCCCACUUAUUGGGUGCGGCUCCCCUUCUGUACCCAUAGCACUUGGAACAGUGCUGGCAGCAGAAGACGCAGGCUGAUGGUAGCAGCGGGAGCAGGCCUGGGUGUGUGCAGCAUCUUGGCUUAUGGAAACCGCCAUUGGCAGACAGCCACGGCUGAGUCUCCAACGGCCACCCAUACUGCCUCAUUCCCUCGCUUCACCCGAGAAGAAGUGGGCCGCCAUCAUAACGAAGCAAAUCGGGUGUGGGUGACUUACGGCAAUGAAGUUUUUGAUGUCACCGAUUUCUUAGAGCUUCACCCCGGGGGCAAAAGCAAGAUUCUUCUGGCAGCAGGCGGGGCUUUGGAACCCUUCUGGGCGCUCUAUGCUAUGCACAAACAAGAUCACGUCCAAGAGAUCCUUCAGGAAUAUAAAAUAGGAGAGCUGAGCCCAGAAGAGCCUCCUCUGCCAAGUCCAGAUGACCCUUAUGCCAAUGAUCCCCCGCGCCACCCUGCCCUCCGAGUCAAUACCCUCAAGCCCUUCAAUGCAGAACCUCCUCCAGAGUUACUGGCGGAAUAUUUUUUGACCCCUAACGAGCUCUUCUUCAAGCGCAACCAUCUCCCAGUGCCGGUUGUGGACCCUGAAGCCUAUCGCCUGUGUAUUCAGAGUCCCUCCGGACAGGCCCUGUCCUUCUCUUUGCAAGAUCUGAAACAGAAUUUUCCAAAACACGAGGUUACCGCCACCAUACAGUGUGCUGGCAAUCGCCGGGCAGAGAUCAACGCCAUCCAGAAUACCAACCGGCUCGGGUGGAGCAUUGGGGCCAUUAGCAAUGCCUGUUGGGGUGGUGCCCGGCUUCGGGAUGUUCUAAUGCAAGCCGGGUAUCAACCAGGGUAUGAGGGUCAUGUCUCCUUUGAGGGCCUGGACCAGGAUCAGAGUGGCACUGUAUAUGGAGCCUCCAUCCCUUUUCAGAAAGCCAUGAGUCCGGAUGUGGACGUCCUCUUGGCAUAUGAGAUGAAUGGGGAGGAGCUGCCUCGAGACCAUGGGUUCCCUCUGAGAGUUAUUGUGCCAGGAGUGGUGGGGGCUCGUAGUGUUAAAUGGCUGGCUCGGAUUACAGUGGGGCCAGAGGAAAGCAAGAGCCACUGGCAGCAAAAGGAUUACAAAGGAUUCUCUUCUUCUGUAACUUGGGAGACAGUGGAUUUCUCCAAGGCACCUGCCAUUCAAGAGAUGCCCAUCCAAUCCGCCAUCACUGAGCCAUCUUCUAAGACAUCUGUCUCUCCUGGGGAGCUCAAGGUGAAGGGCUAUGCGUGGAGUGGCGGGGGGCAGAGGGUGAUCCGUGUAGAUGUCUCUCUGGAUGGUGGGAAAAACUGGAAAGAGGCAACACUAACUGGUGAGGAGCAGCUGCCUGGCCAAGCUUGGGCUUGGAAGCUUUGGCAGCUGGAUGCUUUUGUGCCUGCUGGAACCAAGGAGUUGAACAUUGUCUGCAAAGCUGUGGACACCAGCUACAAUGUGCAACCUGAACGUGUGGAACCACUCUGGAACAUUUUGGGAGUCCUCAAUAAUGCUUGGCAUCAGGUCCGUGUCCCCGUGGAAAAGAAGUGAGAGGCCUGACUGGGCCUAGAAGCAUUGAGGACUGCAUCUUCGCUUCUCUACUUUUGUCUGCUGCUGCAGGAACAUUACCCCUGCCCUCUGGAAGAAACCAAGAAGAAGGGCUGAGUCCUUGAACAAGGGUCUGGUGACUUCUGGGCUUUUCCCCCUCAUUCUCUGUGCAAUUCCUGUGAUUGUAGAAUUUGGGGGGUAGGGUAGGGAUGGAGUGUGCCACUAUGGCCUUGUAUGACUUGUGGACUUCAACUCCCAGAAUCCUGAACCAGCAAUGCUGGCUUAGGAAUUCUGGGAAUUGACGUCUACAGGUCGUAAAGGGGUUCUCGUUGUUUACCUCAGUCUAAGGUGUUUAUUUUCUUCUUCUCGUGGUGUGGUGGUCUCGAAAGCGUUGCUUGCUCUCCUUCACUUAGCUUUCUCCUUAACGGAGAUCCACUUUCCUCAGGAAUUUUGGAUUUGGACUUUUAUACUCUUUAGAAUUCUUUCAGUUGUCAAAGUUCACCGAAUUGUUUUCUGGCUGGAGAUCUUUUUUAGGGUACCCCCUCCAAAGAUUUAUUAAUGGUAUCGGAUCACUUGACGCUAAACUAAAUAACCCAUCUUUUUAGGAACGUAGGCCAUUUUAUUACCUUGCUUUCUCCAUUCAGGUAUGAUGCCAACUUUGGCCUUGCCGUAUUUAGUGCCUUCAGCUAUUUUCUGGGAGUACUUGAGGAGUCGAUAUUUCUCUCACAAUUAACACUGAGGAGUAUCGGAAGCUUAGCAUUUUCAUUUAAAGACCUGGGAGCUUGCCUUACACUAGUGGUUCCCAAAGUGGGCAGUACUGCCCCCUGGGGGAGAUGACUUAGGUGGGCACUAAGAGGCAAGGGGGGGCAGCAGGGGGCGUUAAGAGGCAAGGAAGGUGGCAGAGGAGUGCUGGAGGUGGCCCCUUCGCAGGGCGCAAGACUCUACUUGGAAUGACAGGGCCAUAGAAGGGGAUAUAGUGUGUUGUGUAUAAAUUACAAGCCCCAAAAAGGCCAUCCAGCCUCCAGCGAGAGCCUCAUACCAGCGAUAGGGAAGAAAAUGGAGAAACGCACACCUAUAUAGGUGCAUUUAAAAGCAAAGCAGAGAAGCCAACUCGUUUCUUUCCCAAGGCUCCUUCUCCCCACUUGGGAGCUCCUCUCGAAAUCCUUACCCACUAAGCAAGGGCUUUGCCUGGCUAUUCUGUUUUGUGCCCCUCCUCCCUGAUUUAUUUAUUUUUUAA